CCCUUGACCCCUUGGUCUACAGAGCUAUUUUACUUUUUGGAAAAGUUAGAAAAAAAGAAGAGACGCUAGAAAAAACGCGACACUCCGAAGAAGAAUAAGGUAUACGAAUCACGAUCGUUACACGCGAGAACACAGCUGAAGUAGAGAUUCGACUCGAGUUUUGAAGCUAUCCCUCCCAUUAGGGUUUUGAUUUUACAGCUAAGAAGAAGAAGAAGAAGAUGGCGAUUUAUGAACAAACGGGAACCGAUACAUCAUCAAAGAAGAGAAAAUCGAGGGCUCGAGCAGACGGUACAACGGUCGCUGAUAGGCUAAAGAAGUGGAAAGAGUACAACGACAUUAUUGACGAAGGAGAGAAUAGACCGAGACGCAAAGUUCCAGCGAAAGGGUCGAAGAAAGGGUGUAUGAAAGGCAAAGGAGGACCUGAGAACACUCACUGUAGUUUCAGAGGAGUUAGACAAAGAGUUUGGGGUAAAUGGGUUGCAGAGAUCAGGGAACCUAACAGAGUAAGUAGGCUUUGGCUUGGUACUUUCCCUACAGCGGAAGAAGCUGCUUCUGCUUAUGAUGAAGCCGCUAAGGCUAUGUACGGUCCUUUGGCACGCCUUAACUUCCCUGAACAGUGUGUUGUUGCCUCUGAGUUCUUGGCCAGCACGUCGAGUCACUCUGAGGUGUGUAGUGUUGAGGAUAAACCGGUUCUUGAUGGUGAUGCUUAUUGUGAAUCUAGACCAGUUAGUCGGAUUAGUGAUGGUAAUACAAGGAUGAGUUCCGAUUUGCUGGAUGAGUUUGAUGAGGAGUAUUGGGGAAGAGUAUCCAAGGAGAUAGAGAAACCUGAUGAGGGAGAGGAAGAAGUGCUUACCGUUGCGGAUUAUGGUUGGUCUAAUGAUAUGUUGAGCGAGCAAGAUCUUUGGGAUCCGAAUGAAGUUUUUGAUGUUGAUGAACUCCUAGGGGAUAUAGAUGACUGCAUCAUGUUAACAGGUACCGGUCCGGAUGGAGACCAGAACGGGAUAAACCCUGGUGGUUAUGACUCGCAUGUUCCUCUUCAGCUGGAGCCACACGAUGGUCACGAGUUCUUUGACUUGAGUUCUCAGGAUCUUUGAGAGUACUGAGGCAAUGAAUGGUCUGCAAUAGGAUCUUUGGAUUUGAUCAAGAUAUGAGCGUUAAUGAAAAAUAGACUAACUCUGUCGUCUUUACUCUUUACUUGGAUCAUGAAGUAUUGAAUACUCAUCUACUGAGUUUAAUAUAAAUAACAUAGCUUACGU